AUGGCGCAGGCUUCCACGCUCUGUCUCGGGGUCCUGCUGGGCCUGGGGCUCCCCCGGGCCUGGGGGGCCACGGACGCCUGCUACGACCCUCGGGGACGCCCCCAGCGUUGCCUGCCCGUGUUCGAGAACGCGGCCUUCGGCCGAGAGGUGGAGGUGACCAACACGUGUGGCUCUCCGCCCGAGGACUACUGUCUGCAGAUGGGCGGGCCCGGGGACACCCAGCUGUGCCACCGCUGCGAUGCCCAAGACCCCGAUCGCCACCACAACGCCACUUACCUGACCGACUUCCACAGCCAGGAGGAGAGCACCUGGUGGCAGAGCCAGUCCAUGGCCUUUGGGGUCCAGCACCCCAACUCGGUCAACAUCACCCUCCGGCUGGGGAAAGCUUACGAGAUCACCUACGUGCGCCUCAAGUUCCACACCAGCAGGCCGGAGAGCUUUGCCAUCUAUAAGCGCAGCCGGGCGGGUGGCCCCUGGGUGCCCUACCAGUACUACAGUGCCUCCUGUUUGAAGACCUACGGGCAGCAGGAGAGGCAGUACCUGCGGCCCGGGGAGGACGAGCGGGUAGCCUUCUGCACUCCUGAGUUCAGCGACAUCUCCCCGCUGAGCGGCGGCAACGUGGCCUUCUCCACGCUGGAGGGCCGGCCCAGCGCCUACAACUUCGACGAGAGCCCCGUGCUGCAGGAAUGGGUGACCAGCACUGAACUGCUCAUCUCCCUGGACCGGCUCAAUACCUUUGGAGAUGACAUCUUCAAGGACCCCAAGGUGCUUCAGUCUUACUACUAUGCCAUCUCUGACUUCUCUGUUGGGGGCAGGUGCAAAUGCCAUGGGCACGCCAGCCAGUGCGGCCUCGAUGAGGAUGGCCGAUUGGUCUGCCUCUGCCAGCACAACACCACGGGUGUCGACUGUGAGCGCUGCCAGCCUUUCUACCAGGACCGGCCCUGGGCCAGGGGGACGGCGGAUGCCGCCAACGAGUGUCUGCCCUGCAACUGCAGCGGCCUCUCGGAGGAGUGUUUCUACGACCGGGAGCUUUUCCGCAGCACGGGACACGGGGGCCACUGCCGCAACUGCAGGGCGCACACGGCUGGGCCCCACUGCGAGCGCUGCCGGGAGAACUUCUACCGUUGGGACCAGCAGAAGCCCUGCCAGCCAUGUGACUGCCACCCGGCGGGUUCUCUGCUGUUGCAGUGUGACAGCUCCGGCACCUGCAUCUGCAAGCCCAGUGUGACCGGCUGGAAGUGUGACCGUUGCCUCACUGGUUUCCACUCCCUUAGUGAAGGAGGAUGCAGACCUUGCACCUGUAAUCCCGCUGGAAGCCUGGGGCCCUGUGACCCCCACAAUGGGCGAUGUCCCUGCAAAGAGAAUGUGGAAGGUCACCUGUGUGACAGAUGUCAGCCUGGGACCUUUAACCUCCAGCCCCACAACCCCUCUGGUUGUACCAGCUGCUUCUGCUACGGCCACUCCAUGGUAUGCUCCACGGCCAGUCGGUACGAAGAGCACUUCAUCCGCUCCGACUUCCGCCAAGGGCCUGAGGGCUGGACCGCAGAAGACCCAAGAGGCAGAGAGCUCCUUGUGCGGGGCGAUCGCAGCGGGAUCUUCCUGAAGCCUGACCCACAGGUGCCGUGGGAUUUUGUUGCACCCGAGAAGUUCCUGGGUAAUCAGCAUCUCAGUUACGGGCAGCCUCUCUCGCUGACCUUCCAGGUGCCGUCUGGGACGGCCCUGCCGCCCGUCCGUCUGUGGUUGGAAGGGGCAGGACUGGUGCUGUCUGUGAGCCACUCCGGCCCCAUGGGCAGCCAGGACCCUGUCCAUUCCGAGGAACGUCGGAUGGUAUUCAGACUCUGGGAGGCUGAAGAAACAGAGCCCUCGCUCUCGCCAUUUCACUUCCAGCGUCUCCUCUCCAACCUGACAGCACUCAGGAUCCGGGUCGGUGGGGGAAGUACACACCUAACAGGGCGAGUCUCCCUGCGUGAAGUCCAGCUCGGCUCGGCCCGCCCCGGCUCCUCCACGCCGGCCCUGUGGGUGGAGAGCUGUGUGUGCCCCCAGGGCUACGCAGGGCAGUUCUGUGAAUCCUGCUCCCCUGGUUAUAAGAGGGAGAUCCCCUCCGGGGGCCCCUCCACCAGCUGCAUCCCCUGCACCUGCAACCAGCACGGCAGCUGUGACCCCGAAUCAGGAAUCUGCCAGUGUCAGCAUCACACCGAAGGGCCCUCCUGUGAGCGCUGCAUUGCAGGAUUCUACGGCAACCCAUUCAGGGGCCAUCCCGAUGACUGCAAACCGUGCCCCUGCCCCAGCCCAUCGAUGUGCGUGGCCCUCCCAGAGAGCGGGGAGGUGGUGUGCACACACUGCCCUCAGAACCAGAGAGGGCGGCGGUGCGAGCUAUGUGACGAUGGCUUCUUCGGGGACCCCCUGGGGAGGUCCGGGCCCCCCACCCCCUGCCGCCCAUGUCAGUGCAAUGGGAACGUGGACCCUAAUGCCGUGGGCAACUGUGAGCCUCUGUCCGGCCGCUGCCUUCGGUGCCUGCACAACACAUCGGGACCCCACUGUGAGCAGUGCCGGGAGGGCUUCUACGGGAACGCGCUGGCCCCAGCCCCUGGGGGAAACUGUACCGCUUGCAGCUGCAACCAGGUGGGGUCAGCCAGGGACCAGGGGGAGUGCGAUCGGGUGAGUGGCCAGUGUUCCUGCCUCCCCCACGUGACGGGACGAGACUGCAGUAGCUGCAGCCCCGGGUUUUAUGACCUGAAGGCCGAGAAGGGCUGCAAGAGCUGUGAGUGCCAUCCUGUGGGCUCCCAGAAGAAGCAGUGUCACCCGGUCACCGGGCAGUGCCCCUGUCUCCCUGGAAUUACCGGGGCGGCUUGCAGCCAAUGCCAGCCUGGCUUCUUCGGCUUCUCCGCCAAGGGCUGCCGAGCCUGUAACUGCUCCCCGCUGGGCUCCAUCACCUCCCAGUGCCACGAGAACGGCACCUGCGCAUGCAAGCCGGGAUUCGUGGGCUACAAGUGUGAGCGCUGCCAGGUGAACUUCUUUCCCAGCACCGACGGGACCCAGUGCCUGGAGUGUCCCCUCUGCUUCUCCUUGGUAAAGGAUGAGGCUGACAAGCUGAAGGCCAAGCUGAAAAGGUUGGAGCGGAGCCUGCAGAAACCCGAGUGUGGGAACCCCUGGCAACACUACUUGGUUCAGGGUGAUUCCCCCCGUGGGGAUUCCUACCACAACCCCUAUCUGCUGCAAGGUGCCCGGGACGCUUUCCUGGAACAGAUGACCGAACUGGCAGCGUCUGUGAAAGCCGCCUGGAGUCAGCUGCAAGCAGCCAGGAGGAACACCAGCUGUGCCCGAGGCAGUGUUGAAAAAACCUGUACCCUGCUGGCGGACACUGGGGCCGAGCUGCAGUCCGCGGAACGGGAGAUCCGGCAGGCGGCCGGCCUGCUCGCCACCAUGGUGGUUCCUCAGGAAGUCCUGAACCGCCCCACCAACUGGAGUCUCCUGGCAGCGGAGUCUCGGGCUCUGGCUGAAAGCCACGGGGACAUGGCAGCCAAGAUCGAGACUGCGGCCAGGAGAGCCGUGAUCGCUUCCAACGCCAGUUUCACUCUAGUGCGGAGCCUCUUGGAGGGCGCGGCCGGCCUGGGGGCUCUGCGGGACCUGCAGAACAGGUACCAGGAGGUGCGGCGAGCCCAGAAGGAGGUGGGCACAGCCCUGGCGGACGUGGCCAUCCAAGCCAAGAGCACUCUGACUGUUGUCCAGCGCGUCAGUGCCGACGGGACCCGGGGCCUCUCUGAGCUCUCUGCCUAUGGAGCACUGGCCCCAGAGCCCCCGGCUGAGGACUUAGCCAGAAGAUCCCAGGAGCUGGGGCAGACCUUGGCAUCAAGGGAGCAUUUGGUCACCGAAGCAACCCAAGACUUGCUGGCCUCCUCCAGGGAGGACCUUCAAAAGAUUCGGCCGAUUGUGCAGCUACGCGAGGAAGCAGAAGCUGCCCUGACCCAGGCCAACUCAGCGGUCAUGGGAGGACAGGCCACAGUCACUAAUGCCAAGACCCUGCUGGCCGACUUGGAAGGAAUGAAGAAAACUUUUCCUCAGGCAAAGAACCAGGCUGCCCUGAGGAGAAAGGCAGGAGUAGUCCAAGACAGGCUUCUCAGCGAUGCCCAGAAGAAGACCAAACAGGCGGAAAGAAUGCUGGAAAAUGCUGCAUCUGUCUCCACGGUGGCUAAAAAGAGGGUCAAAGAAGCCGAGCUGGUGGCCAAAGAGAGUGCCAAGCGUGCCCAGGCCUUGAGAAGGGACAGCAAGCAGACUCAGAGGCGCUCUGGCAAGCUUGCGGGACAGAUACAGAAGACGUUCAGAGAAAUCUCCCACCAAGCAUCCGGAGCCAAGGAGCAAAGUCGGAAGCUGGAGGAAGCCGAGUGGGUAGGAACCGGACUGAGCGAGUUGGAAAAGAACGUGAGGGAAGCCCGGAGCUCCCUGGAGAUGGACGUCAAGGCCUUGUCCGACCUGCUCGGCAGACUGAGGAAGCUCCGGACCAGCACGGCUCCGGUCGUCUCCCUGAAUGAGACCCGACGGCAGCUGGAACGCGUGAAGCAGCGCCUGGCCGAGCCGGGGCCCCUGGCCGGGAAGCUGAGCCUACUGCAGCGGGAGGCAGAGGAGCAGCAACUCCAGAUCCAGGACUUGGAGAGGGACAUCGAGGAGAUCCGAGCCGACAGGAGGAACCUGGAGGACAUCCUCCGCAGCCUGCCGGAGGGCUGUGCCAGCUGGCAGUGAGAGAAUCUCGCCCUGACCCAUAGUCUCAUCCCUACCCACCCCGAUACGGGCAAACAAAUGUGCAGACCCACACGCCCAUUCUUACCCACACACCUCUAUAACAUUGCACAGUCAUGCUGCAACUACACAGUCCUGCUGCUCCGUACAAAGUUAGAAAACCCACCAGCCCGUAUAUACUGGAAUCGUCCCUAGCUGCACAGCCAGGGAAUGGGGUGCCCUCCUUUCUUCCUUUGAGGGUCUCCAGGGUGAAGCAUUAGCCUAGAACCAGUGACCAAACGAACCUGCUGCUUAGUGAAAUGUUCAUCCUCAAGCCACAUGGGUGAGUCCUUCCCUCCCACACCAUCCCAUUCCUGUCCCGCUCCUCUCUGAAAAAGUACCAGCUUCCCCUUUCUACGGCAUGGGAUUGGCCCAUGGUAGAAACAGUCAUCCUAACUCCACUGUUUGACAUGUACCUGGGGCUCCGGCACUCUGUUGGUGGGGGGUUUAGAUUGGCGGACACCGUUUUUCAGUCCUGUAAUUACAUGUAAUUCAUAUUUCCUGAGUUGUUUAUCCCAAAUAACCACUUUGAUUGUGACGAAGCCUGCGUUUCCUCUUGUGGUUGCCUCCCCAAUGAGUCCGGACCAUGUUGGGAAGAAGUUUGAAGACCUGGAAGGAACACCUCGUGUGAUGAGGAGAUCAUGUGUGAUGGUCCACAUCCUCGCUCCCGAGCUCCGAUUCUGGGCAGAGUCCCACAGGCAGCCACAGCUGGACUCCUGGGAAGAAGUCAAGGCCAUUAAGCUACCACGCUGACUUCCACAGACCUUCAAGUAAAAGGGAGAUUUGCACUCAUGUCGCUCAGGAGAACGACAUCCAGCAAGCUGCUCACUGCCUGACUGAGGUUCAGAGCUGCUUGGUCUCAAUCUUCAAGCCCACUUGUCCCUCCACUUACCCUUCCAUGGAUGCUCUGGGCCUGAUGGGUUAGUGGCUGGAUGGGUUAAAAGAGGGAAGAGAGAGAAAAAAGCAGGGAGGAGGAGCAACGCCGUGAUUUAAGUGCAGGGUGGCUGUUUAGGAAUCUGCUGAUCUUCCUAAGUGUUGGAUGCCCAGGGAUCGUACAGGGGACUUGUGGAAAGGGAUCUCCAGCCCCGUGGAGGCUUUAGAUCAGCUGCUGGCAAUGGAAAAGCAGCACGAAGGCUAUUGUCUUCAACCUGGAAAUAAAAGCUCCCCAGCUCAGAUGUGGGAGAAUGCGUGUGUUCACCCCUUGUGUUGACGGUGGUCUGUCAGCGUUGGUGGUCUGCCUGCGUUCUCUGACCACAAACUCGUCCCCUCUCCCUCACAUAAGGCAGUCACCUCUCCCCCACAUAAGGCAGUCACUGUACACAGGUCCCAGGGAGUCUCUGGGAACAAACAGAAAUGGGUUUUCUGCAGGCUCCUGUACCCUCCCUCUCUGUUGUGUCCUGACCAUUCCCACUCCGUUUUGUGGCUGUCCUGCCUUCUUUCCUAGCCAAACAUUUAGUCUGAACAUCUAGAAGCCCUAGAGGGUGUUCCCCCUCCAUAUGUUCAACACUGAGCAUCUCCCGCCUCCAACUGCAGGGUCCGGCCUGAAAUCUUUUUGCUGUUUGCUGGGUCGGAUUGUUAUGCUUGUAACAAUAAUUGUUAUUAUUA